GCACGCAGCAAUUCAGAUUGGUGAGGAUAAAGCGGAAUCGGAUAUUUCACUUCUUCCUUUUGAAAUAUUGUGACUUCCCCCCAUCAUUGCCUUAUAUAUUCUUCUACUGUUUCCGAUGCGACACACUUUCACAUUGCUCCCAAGGACACAAGACAAUCAAUAUGAAUUCCUCACUUUCCAACACCACUCUCAAGUGUCUCCAUGAUAUCAGCGUGACCUCAGUGGUCUUCCCCACCUUGUAUAGUAUCCUAUUCAUAUUUGCACUGCUGCUCAAUUUCAUGGCGGCAUGGAUUUUCUUCAGCAUUCCCAGCAAGUCAACCUUCCUGGUCUUUCUGAAGAAUGUGGUGGUAGCUGAUUUGUUAAUGACGUUGACCAUCCCCCUAAAGAUCCUGACAGAUGCCGGUGUGGGAUCAGGUCCACUGCGGGCUUUCCACUGCCGUUACUCAGCUGUUCUAUUCUACAUGACCAUGUAUAUCAGCAUCAUCUGGCUGGGCCUAAUCAGCCUGGACCGCUACCUUAAGAUAGUCCGGCCAUUCGGAAAGGGAACCCUGCAGAAGGUCUGGUUCAGCAAGGUGCUGAGUGUUGCCGUGUGGGUGGUCAUGUUAUCUGCAGCGCUACCUAAUGUGAUACUAAGUAAUCAACCGCCACGCUACUCUAACGGAAGAGUCAAAUGCUCCUCCAUGAAGAACAAGGCUGGCCUACUCUGGCAUCAAGGAUUCAUCUACUUCGGUCAGGUGAUCUUCUGGGGAACGCUGGCCCUGAUGGUGUUUUGCUACACUUUCAUCAGCAAGAAAGUGUACGAGUCAUACAAAGCAUCAAAGUGCACCUCCAAGGCAACUAACUACAAAACCAAAGCCAAGGUCUUUGUGGUGGUUGGUGUCUUCUUCAUCUGCUUUGCCCCCUACCACUUCGCUCGGGUUCCUUACACUCUGCAACAAGUCAGCAAAACAAAAAAGCAGUGCCGGGUGAAUGGGCUUUUUCUAGCUAAGGAGACAACAUUGUGGCUGUCGGCUGCCAACGUGGUCCUGGACCCACUCAUUUACGUGUUUCUGUGCAGCAUGUUCAGGGAGAGACUUACAGCCGCACUUAGACGCAAGCCCCUUCCUAAAGGAGACUCCCCUACUGCCACGACCACACAACUGGAGAUGUCUCAAACGGCAAACAAAUUGAUAAACACGGGCCCAUCAAAAUAACACACUGGAAAUGUAACUGCAGCUUAUAAGCUUGUACUUUCAAUCAUGUGAUGAUCCCUAAAAUAUGGCGCCUCCUCAAAACAUGCUGAAUGGUUUGAUCAUUUUAUGAUGGGCAGAACCAAUGUACAGGGAACAUAUUACUGAAAAACUGACUUUUUUGAGCUUGUAAAGACAUAUGAGUCUCGGGAGCGCUUACUCAGAUAAUUUGCUAACAUUUCAAAACAUUACUAGAAGUCAUUAAGAUUUUUAUCCUUUUGUGACACCACAUACCACAUACAAGCAGCUUUAAAUAAUACCACUCAAAACUGAGUUUCUCCACUAACGACUUGGCAGUAACUUAGGUGUUCAUCAUAGCCAUUUGAUUUCAUUUGCUAGGAGAGGUCUGAAAGCAUGCUUUUCUUGAUCCUUGAGGUAUUUUGACACAAAAAAAUGGCAAACUAUGCUUUCUUUAACGAUCAGCAAGCUGGGUUUAUAAAAUUAACAAGAGCUUGAUAGAAAGUGAUGAUGCAGAAGGGAAAAAAAUGUCACUGCAGCAGAUCGUAACUUUGCAACAAUUACCAUGCUGUUCCUGCCACACAACGCACUGUUUGCCAAGUCAUUGGAGGCAUGAUGUCAAGUGUACUCAAUGUCAUUGUGAACUUCCUGAACUGUAAUCUCCUUGAACCUUUUCCUUCUGUAAACUCAAAGCAAACAUUUAAUCAGCACAUAUGCACACAUGCACUGCCAACAGUAAGGACAUUUGGCAACAUACUAUUUUUGCAUUGCAAAUGAGUUUUAUGUUUUAUUAAGUAUAAUGGAUGUUGUGUAGUGGUAGUGUAAUGUGCAGUGAUGACCCUGCCAUCACUAUGGCAAAUUGGGGUGCAGAAAUACAAGCAAUUGGGCCAGAUCUGACCUUUUUUCAUGCUUUCUGAUUAAAGUCAGAAAUUUGCCGAUUUGCCAAACGUCUCUAAAAUAUUUUCCUGAGCAGCACAAAGCAUGUCAAGAGUGAUUUGAUAGACUGGGAUUGAGCUACCAAUGAUAAAUAUUAAAUUGGUUUUACACAUUUACGAGCGCAAAAUCUCAUGUCUCUGGUCGUCACAAUUGAUAGUGGAUGUAUUGUUGUUGGUCAUCAUGUUAGUUUGAACUGUUGUGUUCAUCUGUGUUACUGUAAUUAUAUCGAACUGUUAAAUGUGAUGAAUCAUGGUUUUGUUGAUAAACACCAGAACACCCUGA